CACAUUCAUCCCGCUGCCAAAACAUUCCAUUUUCACCAAAUUCAUUUUCACAUUUUCCAAAAUCACUCUUCACACACCUGCACACACAAUCUGUGUGUAAAUAUGUCCAAUCGUCAUGAAAAAGGCGUCAAUGUUCAAGUCCUCCUGCGAUGCAGGCCGUUUAGUAACGAAGAGUUGAAGAACAAUGCGCCUCAGGUGGUGACGUGUAACGAGUAUCAGAGAGAGGUUGCGGUUUCUCAAAGCAUUGCUGGAAAGCAAAUUGAUAGGGUUUUUACUUUUGAUAAGGUUUUCGGUCCUACAGCUCAGCAAAAAGAUUUAUACGAACAAGCUGUUAUUCCAAUUGUAAAUGAAGUCUUAGAAGGAUUCAAUUGCACCAUUUUUGCAUAUGGACAAACAGGCACAGGAAAAACAUACACCAUGGAAGGAGAAUGUAAGCGGGCCAAGAGCGGGCCGAACGGAGAGCUGCCAUCAGGAGCAGGUGUAAUACCGCGAUCGGUGAAACAAAUCUUCGACACAUUGGAGGGCCAAAAUGCAGAGUAUAGUGUUAAAGUAACAUUUUUAGAACUGUAUAAUGAAGAAAUCACUGAUCUACUUGCUCCUGAAGAAAUAUCGAAAAUUGGUAUUGAGGAUAAACAGAAAAAACUCUUGCCUUUAAUGGAAGACGGUAAAGGUGGAGUUCUUGUUAGAGGUUUAGAAGAGGAGAUCGUAACGAGCGCAAGUGAAAUAUUCACAUUACUUGAGCGGGGGUCUGCCAAACGUCGAACUGCCGAGACUUUAUUAAAUAAACAAUCAAGUCGGUCACAUUCGCUUUUUUCUAUUACCAUACACAUCAAAGAGUCAACCCCAGAAGGUGAGGAGCUUAUCAAAUGUGGGAAACUAAAUCUGGUUGAUUUAGCUGGUUCAGAAAACAUUUCUCGUUCAGGCGCAAGGGAGGGUCGUGCAAGAGAAGCUGGAGAAAUAAACAAAAGUUUACUUACUUUGGGUCGAGUGAUAAAUGCUUUAGUGGAGCAUCUCGGCCACAUUCCUUACAGGGAUAGUAAACUGACUCGUCUACUUCGUGACUCAUUGGGUGGAAGAACGAAAACAUGUAUCAUUGCCACUGUGUCACCUGCCGUUCAUUGUCUUGAAGAGACUUUGAGCACAUUAGAUUAUGCUCACAGGGCAAAGAAUAUUAAGAACAAGCCAGAGGUGAAUCAGAAGAUGAUGAAAACAACUCUAAUCAAGGAUCUAUAUGGUGAAAUUGAAAGACUCAAAGCCGAGGUUUACGCUUCACGUGAGAAAAAUGGUGUUUAUCUACCAAAAGAGCGGUAUUACCAAGAGGAAAUGGAACGAAAGUCAAUGGCAGAUCAAAUCGAACAAAUGGGAAUCAAGAUUGAAAACCAACAAAAGCAAUUUGAGGAAUUGCAAGCUCAAUUUAAUGCUCGUGUGGAAGAGUGUUCUGAUCUUAGCUGUAAACUUGAGUCUACUCAGAACAAUUUGAACCAUACCAGUAACUUAUUGGCUAACACUGAGGAGACGUUGAAGAAAUGUCAGUAUGCUCUAAAGGAGCGGGAUUUUAUCAUAGAAGAACAGAAAAAAGCAGAAAAUGCAUUGGCACACCAAGCAUGUGUUCUCCGGUCCGACCUAGAGAAAUCUCUUCAGGACAAUGCAUCAUUGUUUAUGAAAAUUGCAAGAGAGGAUAAACUGAGCGCUGGAAACCGGUCAGUUGUAAACAACUUUGAAUCUGAGCUGGCGCAAGAUGUCGGUUCUCUUUGCAACAUGGUGGCCGCGUCCGUAUCGCAACAAAACGAACAACUUCAGUGCAUCGAGAAGUUCUGUGAUACUUUUAUCAGCAUAAAUGAUAAGGCUAUCGCUGAUUUAAAGAACAAAGUAUCUGCAUCAAGGUGUUUGUAUAUUUCUCAUAUCGAAGGCAUGGAAAAUGUUGUACGUUUGCACAAAGCAAGCGCUAAUGGACGUUUAGAGGAUAUUUUAGAUCAAUCUUCUUCUAAUGCUUGUUGUGUUGAAAAACUAUUGGCUGAAGAAGCUGCAAAAGGACGUUCUAUAUUCGAUGAGCUUCAUGGCACUUUAUCAACUCAGCAAGGAGAGAUUGUGGUUUUUGCUAGAGAGCUUCGAAAGAGGUUUAAUGAUAGCAUCCACCACACGACAAAUAUAUCUGAGUUCAUUAACGAUGUAUUUGAAAAGCUGAUGGAAGAAUCCAAAGAGAUCGGAAAUCACGCUAAUCAAGUUGACGAGAUCCAGACAAAGAAUAUCGAUGAAUUUAAGAAGGCAUUUGAGGAGCAAUCAAGAUCUGAUGCAGAGAAGCUUAUUGCUGAUGUCACAAGUUUAUUCUCAAGCCAUUUGAGUCGGCAAAAAGAGAUGGUGGAUGCACGUUUAGCUGGUAUAAGAGAAACUUGUUCUGGAAGUAAGGCCGUUCUAGACGGGCACGUUUCUUCAAUUGAUAACAUUACGUCCGAUGCCAAAAGGAAAUGGCAAGAGUUUUCUUUACAAGCAGAAAACAAUGCAAAAGACUGUGCUGAGUUUUCGGCUGCUAAACACUGCCGAUUCGAACUAUUGCUACAAAAAUGCGUUGAUACUACCGAUAUGGCAUUGAAUCAUUCCAAAAAGAUACAUGAAUCCGUGACUGACAUGGGUAGUAAACACGUUUCUGCAGUUGAGGAACUUGUUAGAACUGCUUCUGAUAGUAAUGAGCAUCAUGGUGCUGAGAUCGGUUCCGCACGGAAAACUGCUGAAGAAGACACAUUGAAGAAUAUUGAGGAAAUAAUCAAACACAUUGAAGGUACAUCUCAAGCAGAGCUAGAGGCGGUUUCUGGAAUAUUAGAGACCACAAAAGCACAAGCCGUGAUUCUUGAAACUUUACAAAGUGAUCACACUACACAAUCUGGUGCAAUAGAACAGAAGGCUCAUGAUACUUUCCAACAGAAAUAUAUGGAUUAUGAACCAACUGGAAAUACUCCUGUAAGAAGCGACACUGAUGUUCCGAGCAAGGUGGCUAUAGAGUCACUUCGGGCAACGCCAAUGGAGACUCUUAUGGAAGAAUUUAGGGAAAAUAAUUCAACUGAAUCUGUUGAAUUAAAGAAAGCAAAGAUUUCUCAUACUCUGCGAUCGCCUCUUGCAGAAAUCAACUGAACAGAAUCAUGAUUUAAUCAAUGUUUAUGUAUAUUUUCAAACAUGAAGAGAUAGUGUGAUAGGUGGAUAAUUCAUUUUACAUAAUCCCUGCUUGGGAUUUGAUAUCAAUGCAGUAGAUUUUGUUAUGUAAUGUCAGGUUUUUAUUCAUUUGGUUUAAGA